AUGUGUGUUGUUGGAUGCAGUGGGGAUCCAUAUUUCUUGGAGCCAUUUUGGAUGCUUGAGAGGCACAUUCGAAAACUUCAUGCCAUCGUUGGAAACGCCGUGACUGGAGGAAGAUACAUUGUUUUUGGUGCUGGCUCAACCCAACUUCUCAAUGCUGCAGUUCAUGCACUGUCUUCCCAUAAUUCAAGCUCCUCCUCCUCGCCUGCAAGUGUUGUAGCUUCAAUUCCUUAUUACAAUAACAUCUCAGAUGCUACUAAUGUUAUUGAGUUUGUUACCUCACCAAACAAUCCUGAUGGCCAGCUGAAUAAGGCAAAUGUUCAAGGUCCAAAUGCCAAAGCAAUCUAUGAUCGUGUCUAUUACUGGCCACAUUUUACAGCAAUUCCUACUCCAGCAAAUGAUGAUAUCAUGAUAUUUUCAAUUUCUAAGCUCACUGGCCAUGCUGGUAGCAGAUUCGGGUGGGCGGUGGUAAAGGAUGAGUCUGUGUUCCAAAAGAUGACCAUGUAUACGCUCAUAAAUAGCAUGGGUAUUUCUCGAGAUGCUCAGCUGAGAGCUUUAAAGGUUUUGAAUGUAGUCCUUGAAGGGGGAGGAAAGGAUAUUUUUGAAUUCGGGUAUAACACUUUGAGGAAGCGUUGGGAAAAAUUGAGCAACAUCCUCUCUGUAUCAAAUCGCUUUAGUCUGCAAAAAUUUGCACCCAAACACUGCACCUUUUUCAAGAAAACUAGAGGACCUUCACCAGCUUAUGCAUGGGUGAAGUGCGAGAGGGAAGAGGAUAAAGAUUGCUAUGCAGUCCUCCAAGAAGAAGCCAACGUUUACGGACGUAGAGGUUCUCAAUUUGGCGCUGAAGAUCGAUUUGUGCGUCUCACCCUCUUAAGGAGCCAAGAUGAUUUUGAUUUAUUGCUUCAACGACUCAACCAAUUAGUCUUGGAAGAAAGUCAUCGGCAAAGCUAUUUUGUCCACGAUUUGAAGAGAAAUUAG